GUUUCAGUCCAUCCUUGAUUUUUCUGACAACUAUGGCUCAAUGAUCCAAAGUCACUCUUGUUUCGUAAUUCUCUAUGAAAAAUGAGUAGUAUCUCAGAUGCAGGAUUGGAGUGUGCUCUAUGUCACGAAAGUUAUUCAUCAGAAAUUCGGACUCCACGUGUACUGCAUGGAUGUGGUCAUACGGUUUGUCACACAUGCUGUUCAGCCUUAGUAGAUGUCAGUGCACCCAUUGCCCAAGUUGUUUGCCCGUUUGAUCGAACAGUUACAUUGCUUGCUGAACCAUGUGUGCUUUCGUUGAAAAAAAAUUUUGCGCUUAUUGAAAUAAUUGAACGACAUAAGAAAUUCACGCAACCGGAGCGGAUUUCACCAUUACUUGCAGAUGAAGUACCACCACCAGAAUAUAUGAAAGAUAUCUUACUCGGCAUACCAUGUGAUGAGGACCCGAAACAUACUGCUAUAUUCUAUUGUAUAGUUUGCGAAAGUAAUAUGUGUGGUGAAUGUUCGAGAAGAACGCAUACAGGACGGGUACUUUCAAAACAUUGCCGUGUACCCGUAAGCGAAAAACCACUUUCCCGAACGAUGUGUCCUUACCAUUCAGCAUAUGCGAUCGAAUUCGUAUGUCAGGAAGUGGAAUGUCUCGAAAACAACCGUCUGAUGUGUUUACUAUGUCGUGAUUAUGGACGUCAUCGGAAUCAUCGACAUUCUCUUCUUGAAGUUGAAGCUGCUGGAUUAAGAGAACGGGUUCGUGAAGCUCUUUCAGAUUUCCGAAGUUUUAUUAAUGAUCUCAAUGGAUGGAAUAUCCGAGUGACGCAGACUGUUGCUGAGAUAAUGGACAUGAAUGAAGGGUCUCAUACGACCGCGCGACGACAAGUUGAAGCUCAUUUCCGGCGACUGCGUGAAGAGCUUGAACUUCAGGAGCAGACGGCUAUGGUACGAUUGGAUGCGCAUGUUGCCGAUCGAAUUGAAGCUCUUCGGCAGCAUCAGCAGGAGCUAGCUUUUAUUACUUCGCAGGUUACAGCGGUAUCAGCACAACUACAAGAAAGCUCCGAAAUGGACGAUGCUCGACUUAUUGAGCAACAAACUGAUCUUAUCAAAAUGCUCGAUGCUGUACGUACCCAUCAAAGUGAUAUUGCUUCCGCCCCAAGUGGUCUUUCGUUGGAUACGAGAAUCCCGUUUUCAUUUACAGCUGAUAAUCGAAUUCAUAUGGGUUCAAAUGUUGACAUUCGUUUGGUUAUUCUUGGUUUGGAUGGAGCUGGAAAAACAACGAUACUUUAUAAACUAAAGAGCGAUGAGUGUAGACAGUUGACAACAACAGUUGGAUUUAAUGUGGAAACUAUACAAUAUAAGAAUUUUAAGCUCACAAUGUGGGAUGUUGGUGGUGUGCCGAAGUUGCGUCGUCUUUGGAAACAUUAUUUUAUGAACACUCAAGCUCUUGUAUUUGUUAUCGACAGUUCAUGUCCGAGUCGCUUUGGGGAAGCCCAAAAUGAAUUAGCGAAAAUAUUUGCCGAGCGGGAACUUGCGGAUGCAUGCUUCCUGGUUAUCUUGAACAGGCGACAACCAACAACUGCCAAUCAACAUUGUAUAGUCAGUUCGGCUGCUAUCGACCAACUUGUUAUGAAUAUCAACCGAUUUGGUGCUGGACGAACGGUGGUAAUUCAUCAAUGUAACGCAAUGACUGGUAUUGGCUUAUGGGAAGCAAUUGAUGCGCUAACAUCGAAACUUUUGUUGGCACGAAAUCAGACUGAAAUUUUGGAUGUGGAGGAACAGCAGAAUGGAAUGCGAGAAUUGGAAGAGGAAGUAGAAACGCAAACAUCUGAUCCGUAUUGCAGUUAAAUUUGGAGUUUCAGUCUCAUACCUGUAUGGUUGUUCUCAAAUUGAUUCAGCAAAAAUUUGCAAAAGUCAAGUCUUAGAAGAAAUUAUUAUGUAAAUGAAACACAUCAUAAAAUGUAGUUUUUAAUUUCAAUUAUGUGUAUGUUUUAAGUGAAAAAUCA